UAUAAAAAAUCUACAAAAAACAAACAACAAAACGAUGAGCAAAUCGAACAGAUCAAAUAAGUCACGAGAGUCAAACAAGGAGCUAUCGAAGAAAGAGUUGGAUUUCACCGCGUACGACAUCACAGCUGAAACCGCCGAAACCGCUAUUCUGCUGCUGGAGUCACAAGAGUCAGAAAUAUUAUGCCGGACUCUUCGAGCAAUCACCAAGUUUACAGAACAUGAAGUUCAGAAUCGCCAAGCGCUCUUUGAUUUGAAGGUCCUGAAAUACCUUCUGCCUCAUAUUGAUCACGCCGAGCUGAACGUUCGAAGGUAUGCUUUGAAAGCUUUGGCGCAAAUCUGCCAGUUGCCUCAGAGUCCGUAUGAGAUGCUUAAAGAUUCAAAGAAUCUUAACAAGAUUGCCAGUAUGCUUGUGCAGGACGAGGACUUAUUUGUUCUGGAAUUCGUCUCAAAGAUUCUCGCGGAGUUGACGCGGGAGCCCUUGGGCUGCGACCAGAUGAUUGCUGCUAACAUUUUAGAUACCAUCUUCUACAGGAUGAGGACUUGUGUUGAUCCUGACGUACAAUAUAACUGCACUCAGAUCUUAAGCAAUCUCAUCUCAGACCCGGGUACUGCAACAGCAGUGACGGGCAGCCAGCACUUUAGCUGGCCGCCAUUACUGGCGCUGCUGAGGAGCCAGUACAUCCAGAUACAGCAGCUGGCACUGACCACCAUUGACCAGUUGGUGUGCAGACACAAGGAUCAGCUCGUUCAGGAGAGCUUUAGAGAUUCAACUGGCAUUCAGGAUCUAUGCGAUUUAAUUGAGUCGUACGAGUUCCGCGACAUCCACAUCCCUGUACUCCAAGUGCUGCGUGACUAUGCGGCGGGUGAGAGCAGCGCUGCUCACGUGUACCGGAGCGGCUGUCUGCAGCGCCUGCUGAAGUACCUGGAUGAGGCGCUGCCGGCCGCCAAGCCGCCCUGCCUGGCCGUGCUUACUAGACUGUCGUACACGGCUAAGGGGAGAGAUGCUCUACAUGAAACGGGUACGGACGUGAUGUUCUGCGAGCAACUGCGGGGCGACGACGCGGCGUUGCUGGCGGACGCCGCUCUUGGCGUCGCCAACAUGGCACAGCUGCUGCCCGCCGCUAAUGCCAUGAUGGACACCAACGUCAUUGAGACGCUGUUCGGGAUUAUUUACGACGAUGCUAUGGAGUGGUUCAAUAUUCGCAUAAACUGUCUCCUGGCUGUGAGCGAGAUGUGCCGCGUGCUGCCCGCGGCCACCGAGUGUGCAACCGAACCCACCCUUUUCACUAUAUUAAAGAAUAUUAACAGAAACUUCGAGUACAACCCGGUUGAAGCGCAGCGUCUCGCGGUGCAGUGUUUCGACAACAUGCAGGAGUACGAGAGCGGACGCCGCGCCAUGUUGAACGCUGAUUUUAUCAAAGAACUGCUAGGUAUUUUAGAACGCCCCGACGUCCGUCUGAAGAUGUUAACAUGUUCUGUGCUGAGCGGCCUGCUGCGCGACGACGUCGCCCGGCGGAUGUUCACACGCUGUCAUGGAGAGAAGGUGGUGAAUGACAACUUGCGUAUAGAACACGUCGGUUUGCGCGCGGCGCUGUGCGCGGUGGUCUGCGCCGGCGUCACACACACAACUACAAGCGCUGAUGUGUACUUGGCCCUGGGAACUGUACACUAUUUGUUCUGCAACAAGAAGGCUCGGUACGCCAUACCUGCGUGGGAAAGCGCGCUAGCCGCAAUAUUGGACCGCCACCUGUCCGCCAAGUUCGCCUACAUGAAUAAACUCGAUAUACAUGAAAAUACCAGGGACGGCUUCUACGUUCUCAAGCGUCCGACAAAGCCGUUCCCAACGCUGUUGAGUUUGAUGAGCAACUCGUCGCGACUUCAUCCCGUAUUUGUCGCGAGUUUUGGAGAUCCAGUGACCACGCAGGAUACACAAACACGCACAGAUGAAGACGAGGACUCUGCUCCUGUGAGUGUGCCGCGCGACGACAACCUCAAUAACUACGUGGGCCGGCUGCGCGCCAUGUUCCCCAUGUAUCGAGAGCCCAACAAUGCGCGCAAGCAGUUCGGCGCGUGCGACAUCGUAUCGUCGUCGCUGCUGCUGCGUGCGCGCGUGCUGGGCGUGUUCGUGGCGGCGGCGACGUGCGGCGUGACGCAGGACAUGGACUGCUCCGUGCCCAGCGUCGACCUGCACCUGGCUGAGCUCAUGAUGGCGUUGGACUCGUGCGUAAUCAACCUCGGUUACGUCAAAUGUGGUGGCGCGUUGGAGCGCGCGGUGCUGUACAAAGUAUUAGCGGACCGCAUCGCGCUGCCGUGCGCGCUGUGUCGCGUCGCCGAGCGCGCCUGGUGCGAAGUCGCCGUCCCAGAUGUGGAUGUGGCGGAGUCAAUGCAAGACCAUCUGUAUCCGGGCGGGCUACUCCGCGCCAACUACGUGGUGGAUCUGACGGACGAGCCCGGCUCCCUCCAUCCCCCGCACUCUGACAAUGCACGGAGAAUACGAGGAUAUUAGUA